AUGGAAGAUCCUUCAGAUCCUAAACGGAUGAUCGAAGAGCCACUCUUGAGCGACACUAGUACAGCGAAGGGUGGCGCAAGAGCCUUGAUAUUUAUCAUAGUAAACGAGGCAUUUGAGAGGCUGGCAAAUUAUGGGCUUUCGACAAACCUGAUAUUGUAUUUGACAAGAGAGUAUGGUAUACAUGGUGUUAAAGGUGCACAAAUACUCUACCUUCAUUCAGCUGCCGCCAAUUUUAUGCCAUUUCUUGGUGCUUUUCUUGCGGAUACUUAUGUGGGUCGGUAUCCCAUGAUCGGCUUUGGAUGUAUCUCUUGCCUCCUGGGGAUGGUUCUGUUAUGGUUAACAACUAUAAUUCCAGGAGCAAGACCGCCUUCUUGUGUCCAGUUUCACGAGAAUUGCGAAUCCGCAUCAACUUCACAGCUUCUGCUUUUAUAUUCUGCUUUAGGCCUCAUGGCCAUUGGAGCUGGUGGCAUAAGAUCAUCUUCCUUGGCCUUUGGUGCUGAUCAGUUGGGCAAGAGGGACAAACUUAGACGCGCUGGAAUAUUAGAAAGCUUCUUCAGCUGGUACUAUGCUACAGUUUCUGUAGCAAUAUUCCUUGCCAUGACUUGUAUAUUAUACAUUCAGGAUAACAUGGGGUGGAAAGUGGGUUUUGGAAUUCCUGUGGUGCUCAUGAGCUUGUCAACUCUUACAUUCUUCUUGGCAUCUCCCAUUUACAUCAAGUCAGAGGCUAAGGCAAGCUGGCUGGCUGGAUUUGCUCGAGUUUUGGUGGUCUCUUUUAGAAAUAGAAGUAUCAAAUUAUCAUCCAAAGCCACAGAUGAGGUGUAUCAUCAUAGGAAAGGAUCAAAACUAGUCGUGCCAACUGAAAAAUUAAGGUUCCUAAACAAAGCUUGUGUUAUUAAAAAUCCUGAAGAAGACUUGACCCCAGAUGGAAGAGCUUCAAAUCCAUGGAGUCUUUGUACAGUAGAUGAAGUAGAAGAGCUUAAAGCACUAAUCAGGGCAUCCACUAUGGACCGACACAUUACUUCAAAAUUUCAAGUUCCUGCUGCCUCCUUCACUGCCUUUCAGUUAUUUUCUUCGGUAGUCUGGAUUGCGCUCUACGAUCGUGUUGUCGUCCCCCUAGCAUCAAAAAUCAGGGGAAAACCUACGCGUCUCAGCUUGAAACAAAGAAUAGGAAUUGGCAUCCUAUCAUCCUCUGCUGCCAUGGCAGCAUUGGCAAUGAUAGAGAGUGUUCGGCGAAAAACCGCAAUCGCCGAAGGAUUUUCAGAUGACCCAAAUGCCGUGCUACACAUGUCAGCAAUGUGGUUGCUCCUAUAUUUUGCCAUAACUGGAUUUGCUGAGUCAUUCUGUGGUAUUGGACAGAAUGAGUUCUUCUAUACUGAGUUGCCUAAAAGCAUGUCCAGUGUAGCCUCCAAUCUGUUCGACAUGGGACUGUCUGCAGCAAACUUGGUAGCGAGUUUAAUAGUAACUAUUGUCCGCAACUUCAUUAAGGGAGAAGAUCAUGAGAGUUGGGUUUCAAGCAACGUCAAUAAGGGGCAUUAUGAUUACUAUUAUUGGCUUCUUGCUGGUUUCAGUUUGGUUAACUUCAUAUAUUAUCUUGCUUGUAGCAAGGCUUAUGGUCCUUGUGCGGUAGAAGGAAGCAAUGAUGCCAACGAGGGGGAAGUCUUGACAGAUGAGGGUUAG